UGGUAGGUGCAAGCCAGGGCUGUUGCUCAGGCGCCCACAUGAAUGACAGCUUGGCUGGCUGCAGGGGCGGGCCUGAGGGAGGGGCUCCUUAGCCCCACCUACUCUAGCGCUGUGUUGGCCCACAGGUAGUAGGAGAUUUAUUGCGGAGACGCCAUCUUGAGUGACAGCACGGCUGGCUGCAGGGGCUGAGCCCAAGGCAGGGCUGCGUGUCUUGAGUGACUGAUGGGGGCUGCGGUCCUGCGUACUCGCGCGCUAUGGGGGCCCGACAGGUGGCCCAUGAGGCUUACAGCGCAGGCGCCAUCUUGAAUGACUGCGAGGCUGCAGAGGGCGGGACUGAGAGGAUGACGUAUUUUGAGUGACUGGUGGUGGGAGGUGCCGACCCAACCCACCUUGCGGUGCCUGUUGGCCGGUAAGUGGCGUUUGAGGCUUACUGCGCACGCGCCAUCUUGCAGGUGGCCCGCAGGGGGUGGAUCCAGUGGCGGGCCCACCCCCGCCCGUCCGGGCCCUGUGCUGGCCAGCAGGUGGCGCUGAGGCUUACCGCGGGGCCGUGAAGAUAAAGGACGGCGACGCCGCAGGGGCGGGGCCUGGGAGGCCUGGGGGCCCCGCCCACCCCAGCACCACGUUGGCCAGGCUGUCUGCGCAGGCGCCAUCUUGAGUGAUGGUGGGGCGGGGCCGCCUGGUCCUGAGUGACGGACGGAUGGCGCCUUCGACCCCCGCCCGUCCCAGCGCUGUUCGUUGGCGGCCCCAGAGGCUUAAGUACAGGCACUUCUUGAGUGAUGGCGGAGCUGCAGGGGGCAGCCCGGAGGUCGCAGCCAGGCUUACUGCAGAAGGCGCCUUUUUGGGGGGCGGCAGGGCCAGGGGCUGUGCUGGCCUGAGGGACGGCAGGCGCCGAGCCGCCCCCCACCCCCACCCCGGGUGUGCUGCGCAGGCGCAGAGCGGCCGGCAGUGCACGCGUGGCGGUGGCGCCAUCUUACACGGGGCGCGAGGUGGUCGCACGAGCCUUGCUUCCUCUGAGGGGCGCCAAAGCCGCGUCAGGAUUGGGGGACCAGCUUUGCCUUCUCGAACUUCUACCCUUUUCCGAGACGGCUGGCAAGAGGAGAUCGGACUAGAUUCCAACGCCAGGGGGCUGGGUCCAGGUCCCUGGCAUUUUGACUGUUCCUGUGCGUAGUGGCUUGUUCAGAAGUUGCAGAAAGGAUCUGUUCCAACAGGUCCCUGAGCACUGGCUGGCACAGCUGCUGCGUCCUUCCCGUGACCCAUUUCGGUUGCUGCACUGACAGCUUUCCCUAGAGAGAUGAUGCCGCUCAAGCGCUUUUACUCUGGCAGAGCCAAGAAGUCCUGGGUCCCAGACCUGUAUGACCUAGACAGUGACUUGGCUCAGUACCCGGAUGCCAUCGUAGGAGGAAGUCCGACUGACUCUGAGUUUUCUCAUCAGAGGUUUCGGAAUUUCCUCUACGUGGAAUUUGUCGGGCCUCAGAAGACCCUGCUCAGACUCCGAAACCUCUGCCUGGACUGGUUGCAGCCGGAAAUUAACAGCAAGGAGGAGAUCAUCGACCUCUUGGUCCUUGAGCAGUACCUGAACAUCCUCCCCGAGAGGGUCAGGCUCUGGGUGCAGGCCCGGCGGCCGCAGACCUGCGAGAAGCUCGUGGACCUGCUGGAGAUGUACCACGAGGUGUACGGGCCCGAAGACAACGGUGUCCACAUGCACAUUGAAGGCAGAUUGAACCGCAAUGGAGUAAACAACCCCCUCGCACGCGCCCUCUAUUUCUACAGAGACCGGGACCGGGAUUGGGACCAGGACUGGGAUCGAGACCGAGCCUGGGACCGGGCCUGGGACCGGGCCUGGGACAGGGCCUGGGACCGAGCCUGGGACCGGGGCCGGGCUUGGGAGCGAGCCCGGAUGCGGGAGCGGGAGCGGCGGGCCAGAAGCCGGGACUUGUCCUUGCGAGAGCGCUGGCCGUAUGGCAGGAUUCCCAGAAGCAGGUUUCCUCCCCGGGAUCUUUCUCUUCCUGCUUCGAUGGAGAGAGCGUUUGCGACGGAAAGAGGGCGCCGCCGUCGGAGCUUGAUGAUGCAGUAUGAGUUGCAGUCCCAGGACACGAUGUCAUACCAGGACAUGGUGAAGCUCACUGAGGACAGGAAGGCGCAGAACUCGAUCAAGGACAACAUGGAGAACUACAGGAAGCUGCUGUUCCUGGGGCUUCAGCUUGCCGAAGAUGAUGGCCACUCCCACAUGACACAAGGCCAUUCACGGUCAAAGAGAAGUGCCUACCCAAGCACCAGUCGAGGUCUGAGAACCAUGCCUGAAGCCAAAAAGUCAACCCAUCGCCGGGGGAUCUGUGAAGAGGAGGCUUCGCAUGGAGCGAUCAUGGAAAAAUUCAAGGACGUUUUGCAAAACCCCACAUCCGCAAGACCGAGAGUACCUAGUGACCGGUUUCCAAGGGUCCCCAGAAGGGCAGACCACGAUUGGAAAGAAGUGUCCUUAGACAGAGAGUCAGUGAUUCAGGAGGGGGGCUGUGCAGGGGAUGCCUGUCGGGGAGCUUGUAAUUGUAACUCGAACCUUGUUUCCAAAAAGAAAGUUCUCGAGAGAAAAAGGCGCUAUGAGUUUGACACCGAUGGGAAGGGUUCUGCUCACGAUCAGAGAGACUCUCCCCGGAAGAAACCCUUUGAAGGCAGUGAGAUGAGAAGAGCCAUGAGCAUGAGCAGCCUUAGCCCCCCUUCUGCCGAGUCGCAGCCGCUUGAUUUUGCCGCCAUGCCCUAUGUGUGUGAUGAGUGCGGGAGGGCUUUCAGUGUGAUUUCUGAGUUUGUCGAACAUCAGAUCAUGCACACUAGAGAGAAUCUCUAUGAGUAUGGUGAAGCGUUUAUCCGUAGUGUGGCUGUCACUCGGAAAAGUGCGGCUCGAGGGAAAUGCUUUGAGUGUAAGGAGUGUGGGGAAACCUUCGAUAAGACCGUCGAUCUUGCUGAGCAUUGUCAGAUUCACUCUAGAGGGCAUCUCGCAGCAUGUAAUGAUGAGGAAUAUGAGGAGCCCUUCAUGCCUAGCCCCACCUUCAGUGAGCUUCAGAAAAUGUAUGGGAAAGAGAAAUUCUAUGAGUGUAAGGUGUGUAAGGAAACCUUCCUUCAUAGCUCUGCUCUGGUUGAGCACCAGAAGAAAGUCCAUGGGAGAGAUGACAAGGAUGAUGAAGUCUUCAAGCCCAACCCAGCCUUUAAGGGGCCGCAGAGAAUGCAUGCUAAAGAGAAAGUGUACGAAUGUAGUGUGUGUGGGGAGACCUUCCGCCACAGCUCAUCUCUGAAAGAACAUCAGAAGGUUCACACCAGAGCAAACCUGUUUGAAAACAAGAGCAAAGCGUGUGAGGAAACCUUCCUUCCUGGUCAGCCCCUUAGCAGGCAUCAGAAAUAUUACUUACAGGAGAAGCUCUUUGGCUUUAAAGAUAAUGGGGACGCCUUUGGGCAAAAGAUCCUAUUCCCCAGGGAGCAUCCCUCAGUUCAUUUUCAGAAGAAUUCCUAUGAAGGCAGGGCGUAUGGGAAGUCUGUCAUUCAUAGCAGGCCCUUUACUGAGUCUCGGAAGAGUCAUACUAUAACAAGACCACCUGAGAACGAGGACGAGAAGGCAUUCACCAUUAGCUCUAAUCCUGAUGACAACCAGAAGAUUACCACUAAAGAAAAUGUCCUUGAGAAGAAACCAAAUGAGAGGUCUGUUAUUCAUAGCUUAUCUUUGGCUGAAGUUCAGAAAUGUCACAGUGCCGUGGGGCCCAAUAAACCAAAAGUGAUUGCAGAGUCUACCAUUACAAGCCCAAAUAUUCCUGAACAGAAAGUCCAUGCUGGAGAGAAGACCUCUGAAGAAAAGAAGAAUGAGAGGUCCGUUAUCCAUAGCUUACCCGUUUUCAAACUUCCCAAAAGUCCCAGUGGAAAUGAAUGGAAUGAGAAGGGAGGAUUCUCAAAUCUUCAUGCUAAGCAACAGAAACCUCCUGCCAGACCCACCCCUAAUGAAGGGGACAAGAGUAGCAACUACAAGGACUCUGUUAUACGCCUUGUAUCUGGUACUGAACCUCCAAAAAGUCUUGCUGCAGAGGGAGCCAGUGAGUUUAAGAAGGAUGGCCAAUCGACUGUUUCCAAAUCAAAUGUCCCUGAACAUCAGAAGGCUCGUGCUAAGAAGAAGAACAUUGAGCGCGGGAACUGCGAGACUUCAGUAAUUCACUCCCUGCACUUCGGUGAACCUGAAACCUUUCGCCCCAGAGAGAAACUCUAUGAAUGUCCAGAGUGUGGAGAGUCCUUUGUUCGUAGCUCCGACCUCACUGAACAUCAGAAGAUUCACCAUAGAAAGAAGCCUUUUGGAAGCAAAAACUACGAACGAUCUGUUAUUCGCAGUGUAGCCUCUGCUGAUCCACAGACAAGUUAUGCUGAACAGCCAGUGCAGGUGAGAUAUGGCCAAGAGCCAGAAGGGAUGACUUGCAUUCAGCAGCCAGAGCAGACUAGUUUUCUUGAUGAGCUAGUGGAGAUGAGUUAUGUGAAAGAGCCAGUGAAAGGUUACGGUCAGGAGCCAGUGGGGUUGGCCUGCCUUCAACAGCCAGAAGGGAUGGCCUGCCUUCAAGAGCCAGAAGGGAUGGCCUGCCUUCAAGAGCCAGAAGGGAUGACCUGCCUUCAAGAGCCAGAAGGGAUGACCUGCCUUCAAGAGCCAGAAGAGAUGACCUGCCUUCAAGAGCCAAUGCAGGCUAGUUUCUUCGAAGACCUAGUGGAGAUGAAUUAUGUUGAGGAACCAGUGCAGGGUUACGGUCAGGAGCCAGUGGGGAUGAUUUGCAUUCAACAGCCAGCACAGGCAAGUCAUCCUCGCCAGCCAGUAGGAAUGAGUUCUGCUGGACAGCCAGCACAGGCAAGUUAUCCUCGCCAGCCAGUAGGAAUGAGUUCUGCUGGACAGCCAGCACAGGCAAGUUAUCCUCGCCAGCCAGUAGGAAUGAGUUCUGCUGGACAGCCAGCACAGGCAAGUCGUCCUCGCCAGCCAGUGGGAGUGAGUUAUGCUGGACAGCCGGCACAGGCAAGUUGUGCUCAGCAUCCAGUGCCGCAAGAAUGUAAGGACUGUGGGCAAUCCUUCGCGACCAUUGAAGACCUUGGUGCCCAUCAGAAAAUCUACACUCAAGAGGAGUUCCAUGGAGGUUCUGUUAUUCGGGGUGCAGUCGGUGGCCGGCCUGAGCAGGAAGAGCCUGAGCUGGAGGAGGAGGAAGAGGAGGAAGAUUCUGAGGAUUCAAUCUAUGGAUGUAAGGACUGUGGGCUGGGCUUUGCAGAUCGGGCCGACCUUAAGGACCAUCAGAAAGUUCAUGGCAGAGAGUACCUCGUCGACACUCGUGAGUACACUCAGUCUGUAAUUCACACCCAUUCCAUCAGCGAGUAUCAGAGAGACAACACUGGAGAGCAGCUCUUCGAAUGCCCAGCAUGUGGCGAGUCUUUUGUUCACAGCUCAUUCCUUUUUGAGCAUCAGAAAGUUCAUGAGCAAGACCCAUAUUAUGGCCACAGGAGGUAUGAUGAGCCUUUUAUGAAUCCUUUCAUCCUCAACCCACAGAGGUUCCGUGCCCCACAGGCCAAUCCUACAGCGAUGUAUCUUCAGUGCCACGUGUGUGGGCAAGAUUUCAUUCAUGGCUCUGUCUUCAAUGAGCAUCUGGCACUUCACAUGGGAGAGGGCUCACCGGAGCAGGCCCAGAGGGGCAGUGACGCUGUCAGUGCAGGCUUGGCCCUCGCUGAGUUACAGAGAAGCCAGGCCGAAGAGAAGCACUACGAGUGUGGAAUAUGCGGAGAGGCCUUCCUCAGCCAGGCAGACCUGAGGGAGCACAAGAAAAUUCACGAGAAGGAUGAUGAGCCCUACGAUUACGGGGCUUCCUUCGUUCAUACCUCGUUUCUUACCGAACCCCCUAAGGGAGAUUCUCCAUUCUUUGAGUGCAAGGACUGUGGGAAGUCCUUCAUUCAUAACACAGUUCUCAUUAAGCACCAGAAGUUCCAUGUUGAAGAGGAAGAAGCAGCAGCCCAGGAAGUCGAAGCCAAUGUUCUUGUUCCACGAGAAGUUCUGCGGAUCCAGGGGUCGAACAUGGAAGCUGCCGAGCCAGAAGUGGAGGCCGCUGAACCGGAAGUAGAGGCUGCUGAGCCCAAUGUGGAGGCCGCUGAGCCCAAUGGGGAGGCUGAAGGACCAGAUGGGGAGGCUGCAGAGCCAAAUGGAGAGGCCGAACAGCCCAACGGAGAGGCCGAACAGCCCAACGGGGAUGCUGAUGAACCAGAUGGUGCAGGAAUCGAAGACCCUGAAGAGAGAGAGGAAGAGCUAGAGGGGAAGGCUGAAGAGCCAGAGGGGAAGGCUGAAGAGCCAGAGGGAGAUGCCGAUGAGCCAGAUGGUGCAGGGAUCGAAGACCCAGAAGAAGAAGAUGAAGAUGAAGAGAUUCAGGUUGAAGAACCAUACUAUGACUGCCGGGAAUGUGGAGAGACCUUCACUACCACCUCGGCCUACGGGGAGCACCGGCAGACCCAUGCCAGAGUGAUCAUAUUUGAGUCUGGAAAUGGCUAUGGGGAAGGCUCCCACUACACUGGGCAGGCCAGCACCAGCACUCAGGGCAGCGAUAGGGCUGACGACAAGUACUUCAAAUGUGAUGUCUGCGGUCAGUUCUUCUGCGACCGCCUCUCCCUUGCUAGACACCAGAACACCCACACUGGCUGAGAACACAAGUGGAAGGUCGGACAGCCUUUCCUGACUUAGGACCUGACCCUCACAGCAAAUCCACAGCAACCCAUAGUAACGUCAGAAGGACACUUAGCUUGGCUUGUACACACUGACUUUUAACCUCAGAUAACUCGGACUGUAAAGGAGCCAGAGGCGGUUCCAUUGGUCUUACCUCUUUCCCCAUCAUACACCAGUGCGUGCGUGUGGGGAAGCCACAGCACAUCCCUUCCCUUUCAUCCUAGGGACCAGGUUGAGGGACAGUCCUAGGAAAGCUGAGACUACAGAAAUAGCCCCAACCAAAUGAUACUUCUGUAACCUAUAUGUAACUUUCCUGAGCUGUAUAUAAAAUAGCAAAUCAUAGCAAACAGUAGUCACAGGUACUUGGAUUUAAUGAUACAGAGUUACAGUUUACUGUGCAGAGAUACCUCCGUGGUAUGCUUUGAUUUUUUUUUUUUUUUUUUGGAAGAGGAAAUGAGCAACUCACUUGUAAAUAUCUUAGUUCCUGUGAAAGAUUUGUUGUGCAUUAUUUUAACCCCUUCAGUAUCUUUCUGAGUAACUGUGUUGUCCCUUACUCUUAAAUAUUCCUGUCAAGGUGUAGGCAUGCAAGAUAAUGUCCUUUCCUCUGUGUGGUUCGAAAGGAGUUCUUUGAGCUUCCUUUUCAGCCAUCUCGUCUACACCAACACCUUGUAACCUAAUGCUGUAUACGCCUUUGCAAUUUGUGGAUUGACCUUUUGUGACCCAAGUUGAUCCCUUGCCAUAUUGUACCUUGCAGUGAUUCUCAUGCAAAAAUACUGCAAGUUUGUGUUUGUUUAACCAACUUAAUGUGUGCUCGAGAGUGAAUCCACAAACGCCAAGCUUUUCCCUGUAAAUCUUGCUUCUUUGCCUUUAAGAGAGUGGGUUGCAACCAUCACUAGAUCGCGACAGUGCCUAAUGAAGGUUGAAACCGUCAGGAGAGCCUCUCCUGUUGUAAAUAUGGAUGCAGGUGACAACUGUCAUCACUUUUUGUGCGCUUUCUGCCUUAAGUGACACGUAGCAGCGUGGCUUUGUUAGUGUGUGCCGCCACGAGUCAGCUUGCACCUGGGCGCCCAGGAGCUUGUAUCCUUAGAGCUUUCUAUUACCGAACCUAAUUCUUGUCUUCACCUGUCUGACCCUCAGCCCCGUGUCUCACUCGCAUUUUUUUUAAAAAGAAAAGCUUUCUUUACAGUCAACCUAAGCUUAACAUGGACUCAGGUUCCCAGCGCCUUAAUUUGUUUUGUUACCAUUGUUCUCUCCUCGUUCAGCCCUCCUGAGUAGUUUUGAUCUGAUUCCAUUAAGUACAGAUCGACCUCACAGCUUGCGGUUUCCUGUGUCUUUUUCUGUGGGCCACUUGUGCUCCUUUUGCUUCCCCUCACCCCUGCGUCGUGACUAUUGAGAUUUUUUUUUUUUUUUUGGGUUUGUGUUGACUGGAAAAAUAAUUUUAAAAUUUAAAAAAAAUGUAAAGUGGAUCUGAUGAAGAAGUGAACAAAAGACAAGAGCAGAUCAUUUGAGAAAGAAAAUGCCAAUGCUUUCUUUGGGAAUGUGCCCAAAUCUCACUCUCCUAGAUCUGCAUGGUUAGGGCUUGAGAGUGUCAGAGCUGCUGGGAGUGCCAAAGUCUGGAGGAGUUGUGGGGCUGAGGGCAUGGAGCAGAACGGAGAAAGCCAAAGAAAGGAGUCCUAACACAGCAGCAGACAGGGAGGGUGAGGAAGCAGGCAGAGGGAAACACCGGAAAUGGACUGGAAGGCCAGGUCGGUGAGAAUAUGGCCUGGGCACUUUAGAGGGGGCCAUCUGGAUGGCACAGUGGUGGCGAGGGCCAGCUGCAUCGAAAGACCAGAGGUUGGAACGGACAUCCGGAAAAAUGGGAGCAGGGCCCUUGAGAAGGGAGCCAUUGCUGAUGUUGGGGCCAACUCGGGUUCAUCCCUGUUGGCAGCACCAAUUGGUAGCUCCUUCUCUGAAAGCAACUUGCCAAAUGUCAGGGUGUCCGUUCCAACCUUGUGUUCGUGAAAAAUUAGGAACAACUUUGAUGCCAAACAAUAGAAUGAUUAAGUGAACCUAUGUUGAUUCUUACUCAGCUGUUUUAAAAAUGAUAAUCAUGCAGAGUUAUGUAGUAGCGUGGAAAUAUAUUUACAGAAUAUUAAGUGGAAAAAAGCAGGACACAGAAUUAUAUUUAUACUACAAUUAUAACUGUUUAAAAAGGUAUGCUUUUAGUCAACAGCUGUUGUGUUGUAGGUUUCUAGUUGAGCAUUAUUUUUCUUAAAUUCCUUGAUGUUAUUAAUGGUGGUGGUGUUGUUACUAAAAAGUUUAUAGUCAUGUCUCCAUUGUGAACAAAAUUUGAACUCAUUAUCAGAUACUUGGAAAAUACAGAAAAGUGGAGGAAAACAAACAAACCAUAUUCCCACCAUCCAAAGACAGAUACACUCUUCAGUAUAUUGUUUCUUGUUUCUGUGCACAGGCUUAUGAUUAUCACUGUGUCAAAAUGUGUCUUCAAAGUUGAUGUUAUGUUACCUUGGUUUUCAAAUGUCCCUUAUUAAUAGUAUUCUGAUUUUUAAAAGUUUAUUAUGCUUCUGUUACAAGCAUAAUACAUACCCAGAGGAAAAAAAUUGGAAGAUACAGUAAAUUAGAAAAGAAAAAAACUUCACUCAUAUUCCCAACACCCAACAACUGAAUAUCUUGAUCUGUUUCCUCCAUCUUGUGCACAAACUUAUGGUGAGUGUUGAAUAUGUAUGCAUCAAGUCUACAGUGAUAAAAAGUGUGGAGAAUCAUUAACAUAGUGUUGUUGUUAUGGAAUUAUGGUUAAAUAUUUUGUCUCAAAUUCCUUGGGUGAUCUUUGGUGUUUUGCUAUUAAAUCUUAUGUAUGUAUUUUCCCAUUGCAAAUAUAAUACUCAGAAUUUGGGGGAAUUCAAUCAAAUAGAAAAGAAAUCCACCCAUAUUCCCAGCACCUAACAGCUCCUAUUAACAUCUGUCUGUACACCAGUCUGUGAUUGUUAGGGUGUUAAUGAUAAGUAUGCAUAGAGUCAAAGAUGGGAAGAAAUAUGGAAAGUAAUUAAGAAAUAGGUGUGUGGUUGUGGGAUUAAGGUUAAGUAUUUUGUCUUGAUUUCUUUGAAUGAUCUUUAUCGUAGUGUUUUGGUAAUUCACCUUUAUUAUAUCUAUUUCCAUAGUAAUCACAGCGUGUGUUCAUUAUAGAAACUUGCAGAAAGUAGAAGAGAUACACCCAUAUUUUCAUCAUCCAAAGACUGUGGUUAACAUCUUGAUAUAUUUUUGCAUCUUGUUUCUGUGCACAGGUUUUUGGUUUGUUAAUAUGGUUGUGGUCGUUCUAUCUCUCUGUAAUAGUGUCACCAAUAAAAAUAAAGUUAACAAUAAGA